CUGCAGCGUGUUUUUAGUUUUCUGACACCAAAGUUAAUCAAAAUGAUGUAUAAACAGCGAAAGUGACGAAAGAAGAAGAACAAGAAGAGGAGGAGCGUCUGCUGCACGUUUCGCAAAUAUGAAGAUCAACAUCGAGGGUCUGUUGGUGUAUUUCCCAUACGACUACAUCUACCCGGAGCAGUACUCCUACAUGCUCGCGCUGAAGAGGACUCUGGACGCCAAGGGUCAUGGAGUCCUGGAGAUGCCAUCGGGAACCGGGAAGACCAUCUCUCUGCUGUCCCUCAUCGUUGCCUACCAAAAGGUCUUUCCUUUGGAAGUGACCAAGCUAAUAUACUGCUCCAGAACAGUUCCAGAGAUUGAGAAGGUUGUGGAGGAGCUGCGGAAGUUGAUGGAGUAUUAUUCCAAGGAAACUGGAGAGGUCAACAACUUCCUGGCUCUCGCCCUCUCCUCCAGAAAAAACCUCUGCAUCCACCCGGAGGUGAGCGCCUUGCGCUUCGGUAAAGAGGUUGAUGGGAAGUGCCACACGCUGACGGCAUCAUACAUCCGAGCACAACAACACAGCGACCCCGACCUGCCUGUGUGCCGCUUUUAUGAGGAUUUUGAUGCGGUCGGCCGACAGGUGCCCCUCCCCCCUGGGGUCUACAACCUAGACGACCUAAAGGACUUCGGCAAGAGGAAAGGCUGGUGUCCGUAUUAUCUGGCACGCUACUCGCUCAUGCAUGCCAACAUUGUGGUGUACAGUUACCACUACCUGCUGGACCCCAAGAUAGCUGACCUGGUGUCCAAAGAGCUGACCAAGAAGUCCGUGGUGGUGUUUGACGAGGCUCAUAAUAUCGACAAUGUGUGCAUCGACUCCAUGAGUGUGAACAUCUCCAGACGAACACUGGACCGCUGCCAGACCAACGUGGAGACUCUGCAGAACACCAUACAACAGAUAAAGGAGACGGACGCCACCAAGCUGAAGAUGGAGUACAGCCGUUUAGUGGAGGGGCUGAAGGAAGCCAAUAUUGCCAGGGAAACGGACGUCUACCUCUCAAAUCCCGUGUUGCCGGAUGAAAUUCUUAAAGAGGCGGUCCCUGGUAGCAUUCGCACAGCGGAGCACUUUGUCGGUUUCCUAAAACGUUUCCUGGAGUAUCUGAAGUCCCGUCUGAGAGUCCAUCACGUCGUACAGGAGAGCACGCCGCAGUUCCUCAAAGACAUCUUCGACAAAGUCUGCAUCGACCGCAAGCCCCUCAGGUUUUGUGCAGAGCGGUUACGGUCGUUACUGCGAACUUUGGAGAUUGCCGAUAUCGCAGACUUCUCAGCUGUUACUCUCAUCUCUAACUUUGCUACCCUGGUCAGCACCUACAGCCAAGGUUUUACUAUAAUCAUCGAGCCCUUUGAAGACAGAACUCCAACCAUCGCAAACCCUGUGCUGUACUUCAGCUGUAUGGACCCGUCUAUUGCCAUCAAACCUGUUUUUCAAAGAUUUCAGUCAGUCAUCAUCACCUCGGGGACUCUCUCCCCACUGGACAUCUAUCCCCGAAUCCUCGACUUCCGCCCUGUUACCAUGGCAUCCUUCACCAUGACGCUGGCACGGACCUGCCUUUGUCCUCUGAUUGUCGGCAGGGGAAACGAUCAGGUGGCCCUGAGCUCAAAGUUCGAGACCAGAGAAGACUUUGCUGUGAUUCGUAACUAUGGCAGCCUACUCCAAGAUAUGUCUGCGAUCGUUCCCGACGGCAUCGUGGCGUUCUUCACCAGCUACAUGUACAUGGAGAACAUCGUGGCGUCUUGGUAUGAACAGGGGAUCCUGGAGAACAUCCAGAGAAACAAGCUGAUCUUCAUCGAGACUCCGGACGCUGCAGAGACGAGCAUGGCCCUGGAGAAAUACCAGGAGGCGUGUGAGAACGGCAGAGGAGCCAUCCUGCUGUCGGUGGCCAGGGGGAAGGUGUCUGAAGGGAUCGAUUUUGUGCACCAUUUUGGCCGGGCGGUCAUCAUGUUCGGAGUGCCUUACGUUUACACGCAGAGCCGCAUCCUCAAGGCUCGUCUGGAGUACCUUCGCGAUCAGUUUCAGAUCCGAGAGAACGACUUCUUAACGUUUGACGCCAUGCGUCACGCCGCCCAGUGUGUGGGCAGAGUCAUCCGGGGCAAGACGGACUACGGAAUCAUGAUCUUCGCCGACAAGCGCUACGCCCGAGCAGACAAACGUGGGAAGCUCCCUCGCUGGAUUCAGGAACACAUCAGCGACAGCAGUCUGAACCUCACCGUGGACGAGGCCGUCCAGCUCUCCAAGCACUUCCUGCGUCAGAUGGCUCAGCCGUUCAGACAGGAGGACCAGCUGGGUUUGUCUCUGUUGACUCUGGAGCAGCUGGAGUCGGAGGAGAUGCUGAAGAAAAUCAGUCAGAUCGCUCACCAGAGCUGAAGGUGUCAAACACAUUGUGUAAUGUCGUCACCCGUUACUGUGACUUUAAAUGGAUGUACGGGCUUCAUCAGGGCAGUUCAAGUAGAUUUGCCUCUUCCUUCUCUUUGUGGGAAAAACAACCAUGAAACGUCUUCAAAGCCCACGCUGGCCCAGCUCUGGUGGUUACAGUCACUAUCGGUGAGUAUUCAUCACACAGCUCCGGAGGUCUGAGUUACUUCCUGUAUUUCUGGUUUGAGCACCGCAGCUCUUUACGUGUAUUUCAUGUCAGAUGCUGCAGUUUAAUGGGGAUGGGUCUCACAUUUGUUUACUCGAUACUAGAGAUCACUCACAGAUGUACUGUGAGAGGAUAUAGUGAGGACUGUAGUGUAAACAAAAACAAUUAAAGGGGAAAAGUUCAUGUUCCAUAUAGCGUCUCAUACAGACGAGACUACGUUCCUUUUGCCGCUGUACAGUCCACUAAUACUGAACUUGAAUUUUUGUAUCUGUUAUUCAACCAGGAAGUUGGAAUAUAAAUGUUUGUAUUCAA